UUUCCGGUACCGAUUUCUAUUUUUCGUUCAUUUUCUUGGAAGCUGUUGGUGGAUUUAGUUGAGUUUAGAGAAAGUUCGUGUAAAAUAUCAAACUAUCAUAUUAACUAUAAUAAGGUUUUAACUCAAGAUUAAAAUGUGAUUAUAAUAAUCUCCGAAGAUUGUAUACCUUCCUGCAUAUGAUGAAGUAGAAAAGUUUGCCGUGCAAGCCCAGCCCGACUGUUGAGAGAUGUAUUUAUACAAUUUCAUUCUGCAGCGUGCCACCGGCAUCACGCAUGCCGUGCACGGUUGCUUCGCCGGAACGAAGCAGCAGGAAAUUCUGCUGUCGAAGGGUAAAAGCUUGGAGCUGGUUCGACCGGAUCCGAAUACCGGCAAAGUGCAUACACUCCUACAGACGGAAGUCUUUGGUGUGAUUCGGUCGUUAAUGUCUUUCCGGUUGACCGGUGGAACGAAAGAUUAUGCCGUCGUCGGUUCGGAUUCUGGACGAAUCGUCAUCUUGGAGUACAAUGCAGCUAAGAAUCAACUGGAAAAAGUACACCAGGAAACGUUCGGAAAAUCAGGCUGCCGUCGGAUUGUUCCCGGUCAAUAUUUGGCAAUCGAUCCCAAGGGUCGUGCCGUUAUGAUUGGCGCUAUCGAAAAGCAAAAGCUGGUUUACAUUUUGAAUCGAGAUUCCGAAGCACGGUUGACUAUUUCUUCGCCCUUAGAGGCGCACAAAUCAAGUACCCUAACCUAUCACAUGGUUGGUGUUGAUGUUGGGUUUGAAAAUCCAAUGUUUGCCUGUUUGGAAAUAGAUUACGAAGAAGCGGAUUUGGAUCCUACCGGGGAAGCGGCAGCUAAAACGCAACAAACUUUAACGUUUUACGAGCUGGAUCUUGGAUUGAACCACGUGGUUCGAAAGUACUCUGAACCGCUAGAAGAGCAUGCAAACUUUUUGAUCUCCGUGCCGGGAGGAAAUGAUGGCCCUUCUGGUGUGCUCAUUUGUUCCGAGAAUUAUCUGACUUACAAGAAUCUUGGAGAUCAACAUGAUAUUCGUUGUCCGAUUCCUCGGCGGAGAAAUGAUUUGGAUGAUCCCGAACGUGGAAUGAUCUUUAUAUGUUCGGCAACUCACAGAACCAAGUCCAUGUACUUUUUCCUGGUACAAACAGAGCAGGGUGAUAUCUUUAAGGUCACGUUGGAAACUGAUGAUGAUGUGGUAUCGGAGAUCAAACUGAAGUAUUUUGAUACGGUUCCACCAGCGACUGCGAUGUGUGUAUUGAAAACUGGUUUCCUGUUUGUUGCGUGUGACUUUGGCAAUCAUUAUCUGUAUCAAAUUGCUCAUCUCGGCGAUGACGAUGAUGAGCCGGAGUUCAGUUCUGCUAUGCCUCUCGAGGAGGGAGACACAUUCUUUUUUGCCCCUCGGCAGCUGAAGAAUCUGGUUAUGGUUGAUGAAAUUCAUUCUUACGCGCCAAUUCUUGGGUGCCAGGUAGCGGAUUUAGCAAAUGAGGAUACACCCCAGUUGUACUUGGCCUGUGGACGUGGGCCACGAUCUUCGAUUCGAGUUCUUCGACAUGGUUUGGAGGUGUCAGAGAUGGCGGUUUCCGAGCUGCCCGGUAAUCCGAACGCUGUCUGGACAGUCAAGAAGCGAAUUGAUGACGAAUUCGACGCGUACAUCAUCGUGUCCUUCGUCAAUGCUACCCUGGUACUGAGUAUCGGUGACACGGUAGAGGAAGUGACGGACAGUGGCUUUCUUGGCACGACACCGACACUGUGCUGUUCCGCACUGGGUGAUGAUGCUUUGGUGCAGGUCUACCCGGAGGGCAUCCGUCAUAUUCGGGCGGACAAGCGUGUUAACGAGUGGAAGGCACCCGGCAAAAAGACUAUCAUGAAGUGUGCCGUCAACCAGCGACAGGUGGUUAUCGCUCUGUCCGGUGGCGAACUGGUUUACUUCGAGAUGGAUCCGACUGGUCAACUGAAUGAAUACACAGAACGCAAAAAGAUGCCAAGUGAUGUUAUGUGUAUGGCGCUAGGUUCGGUUCCUGCUGGUGAGCAGCGGUCCUGGUUUUUGGCGGUGGGUCUAGCAGACAAUACCGUGCGCAUUAUUUCAUUGGAUCCCAGCGAUUGCUUGUCGCCUCGUUCGAUGCAGGCGUUGCCAUCGGCUGCGGAAUCGCUUUGUAUCGUCGAGAUGGGAGCUGGUGAUACAACCGAAGAGGGUACCGUAUCAACCGCAGGUUGCAUUUAUCUGAACAUUGGUCUAACAAACGGAGUUCUGCUACGAACAGUACUAGAUCCGGUUUCCGGUGAUUUAGCGGAUACUCGAACAAGAUAUUUGGGAUCCCGACCCGUUAAACUAUUCCGAAUCAAGAUGCAAGGAUCGGAGGCCGUUUUAGCUAUGUCGAGUCGAACUUGGUUAAGUUACUACUACCAGAAUCGGUUCCAUUUGACUCCUCUUUCCUACGAAACACUGGAAUAUGCGUCAGGUUUCUCAAGUGAACAAUGUUCGGAAGGUAUAGUGGCGAUUUCCACCAAUACUUUGAGAAUUUUGGCCCUCGAAAAGCUGGGAGCAGUUUUCAAUCAGAUUACAUUCCCUCUCGAGUACACGCCAAAGCGGUUUUUGAUUCACAACGAAACGGGCAAGUUGAUUAUAAGCGAAACAGAUCAUAAUGCGUAUACGGAAGAGACGAAAAAUGUACGCAAGAAGCAAAUGGCUGACGAAAUGCGCGAAGCUGCCGGUGAGGACGAGCAGGAGCUGGCCAAUGAGAUGGCGGAUGCGUUUAUUAAUGAGGUUCUGCCGGAGGAUACAUUUUCUUCACCGAAGGCAGGUACCGGCAUGUGGGCUUCCCAGAUACGAGUCAUGGAUCCGAUCAAUGGACACACCUAUUCGAAGGUGCAACUCGCCCAGAAUGAGGCCGUUAUGUCGAUGGCGUUGGUCAGGUUUUUAGUCGAUCAAAAAUGGUACGUUGUUGCCGGUGUAGCAAAAGACCUACAGAUGAAUCCUAAACUGACCAAUGGAGGAUUCAUCGAUGUCUACAAAUAUGAUUUCCAGACGCAUCAGCUGGAACACUAUCAUAGAACUGAGAUAGAUGAGGCUCCAGGGGCUAUUUGCGGCUUCCAGGGUCGAGUAUUGGUAGGAGUUGGUCGUGUCUUGAGGAUCUACGAUUUGGGCAAAAAGAAACUCCUACGGAAGUGUGAGAAUAAACACAUUCCUAACCAGAUUGUGAACAUUCAAUCGAUGGGAUCGCGGGUAUUUGUGUCCGAUGUGCAGGAGUCGAUUUACUGCGUGAAAUAUAAACGCACCGAGAACCAGUUGAUUAUCUUUGCUGAUGAUACUCACCCUCGAUGGUUGACAGCUUCUACCUUGAUGGACUAUGACACGGUAGCGACAGCAGAUAAAUUUGGGAAUGUCGCUGUGCUUCGGCUGCCGCACUCCGUCUCGGACGACGUAGACGAAGAUCCAACUGGUAACAAGGCACUGUGGGACCGUGGUUUACUGAAUGGCGCUUCGCAGAAAGCGGAAAAUAUCUGCACAUUCCACCUGGGUGAGACGAUUAUGUCUCUGCAGAAGGCAACACUCAUUCCGGGUGGUUCGGAGUCGCUAAUCUAUGCCACAAUGAGUGGAACGGUAGGGGCAUUGGUGCCCUUCACCAGUCGGGAAGACUACGACUUUUUCCAGCAUCUGGAAAUGCACAUGCGGAACGAAAAUCCACCCCUUUGCGGCCGGGACCAUCUGAGCUUCCGCAGCUACUACUAUCCGGUGAAGAACGUCAUGGACGGUGAUCUGUGCGAACAGUUCACCUCCAUGGACCCGGCCAAGCAGAAGAGUAUCGCAACAGACUUGGGACGAACGCCAAACGAGGUGGCCAAAAAACUGGAAGAUAUUCGUACCAGAUAUGCGUUCUAAGACUAAUCAGUUAAGGCUUAGAAAAGAUUUGGAAGAUUCGUCAUAUUUUGACGUGCAUCGAUGUCAACAUAAUGUAUCCGUUGAUAACAAGUUCCACUGUAUUUUGGAUUUGCAGUACACCAGCCAAUAUAAAUCAAAUUACUACCUACUUCAACGUAAUUUUACGAAACAGAAAAAGACCUUGGGUUAACGAUUAGUUCACUUCAAUUCAAAGAGGAGAAGGAAAAAUCUUAUUCUUGCGAUUAAAAAUAAAUUAUAUCAGAAAAAGUAGAAAAGAGGUUUCUAUUCUUUCCCGUGUUCACGCUAUAUUCUUCAAAUAAAAAGGUUCAUCAUUUUCUCCGGCUUUAACAUCACAUCAGAGUGAAAAUCAUCAAUUAUUCGUCGCUUAGAUUUUUAGCCGGAUAAGAACCCACAAAGGGAAAAGAAAAAACACAUCACCGUUUGUAUUUUCGCUGUGUUGUAAUUAGCAGUUGUCCACAAUAAAAUUAAACCUCAUUCA